GGGAGUGUAUGCGGAGCACACAUUGUGCUCUCCCUUCCCCCCUGCGUGCGCGUGCGUGUGCAAGUCUGGCAGCGUAACAUCUGUGCGUACGCGGUCGUGAUUGUUGUGAAGAUGGCGGAGGGAGAGACAGAGAAGGAAUAUGAUACACGGAAAGCUAUCGAGGAGCUCCGAGAGCGGUUCCAGGGUUUGACCACGGCUUUGAGAGAGAGUUCUCAGUCUUCGUUGGAAGCCUCCUUGCAUUUCUGCCAGGAAUUCUGCCAGGUGCUUGUGGAACAUGCUGGCCGUUGGAAAACUGAUGAGGAUCCUCUGCCUUUGCUGGAGGUUUACACUGUGGCCAUUCUCAGUUUCGCUAAAGCUGCCUCCUGUCUCUCCUCCGAAUGUGAAAAUGUGCCACUCUUACUUGAAAAGUUAGCAUUGAGCUGUGCAGAGCUGCUGCUCUCGCUGCCCCAGCAUGUCCCUGGUGCCUUAUGGGAGGAGUUUCAGUCCUCCAUGAAGUUGGCACACGGCCUUUUGCAAGAAACUGGGAGCACACAGCUCCGACUGCUCUUAGUUCUGGCACAGCAGGACGGCGUUUGGGCCAACACGACAUUAAGCGGCAUCCUCUCCAGUCAAAUUUCUCAAACUGAGCAAGUUCAUGAGUAUCUUGAAUCAGAAGGUGCUACACUUCUCAACAUGCGAAUAAAGCACCUAAUCAAAGUGGACAGUGUUGAUAAAGCAGCUGUUCUGGCGAAGACGUGCUCGGAAUAUCCAGGAUUUGAAGGAAAAGGAAACUUUAAACAGACUUACCUGCUUUGCAUCUGCUUGACAAAAAGUCAGGAGCAGCUAAUGGAAGAGAUUACAUCAAUAGAUUGUAAAGAUGCUCUUGAAAUGAUCUGCAAUUUGGAGUCAGAGGGAGACGAGAAAGGAGCUCUCUGCAUGUGUACCACCUUUCUUAAACGACAGCUUCUCCAAGGAGACGUUUAUUGUGCCUGGGAACUUACCUUGUUUUGGAGUAAACUGCUCAUGCGGUUGGAGUCGUCGGCGGAAUCAUUUCUCAGCCACAGCAAACAAAUGACUCUCCUCUGCAGAAGUGUUUGUCACAUUCUGUUCCUCAUCAAAGUCAUCCAAAAUGAGGUUGCCUCUGGAUCAAUCGCACUGAAAAUGACCUCCAGUGAUCAUAAAGACAGCAAGUCCACCAUCUGCAAAACUAUUUCCUGCCUAUUACCAACCGAUCUAGAGGUUAAGCGAGCUUGCCAGCUGACUGAGUUUCUCCUGCAGCCUACUGUUGACUCGUAUUAUGCGGUGGAGUCACUUUACAACGAGCCCGACCAAAAGCCUGAGGAGGACGGUAGUCUGCCUGUACCCAAUUCUUUACGCUGUGAGUUACUGCUGGCCUUGAAGACACAGUGGCCUUUCGAUCCAGAGUUCUGGGACUGGAAAACGCUGAAACGCAACUGUUUAGCUUUGAUGGGCGAGGAGGCAGCUAUUGUCUCAUCUAUUGAUACUCUCAAUGACACGGAUGAACAGGAACCCCUACCGAUGCAGAUAUACCACCAGAGGCACCACAUGCGCACCAUGACGUCACUGAGCAAAAAGAUGUGCCGCCAUUGUAUCCUGCUGCUGGUCCCAUCAGUCAGGCGCAAGAGAAAGCAGCUGAGCUGGCUGAUCCACCCCUCACUGGACCUCAUCAGGAAGAUCAUCUGA